AUGGGCAAUAGUAAAUCUAUAGCUGAGGGCCUGGCAGCAAUUCCUGCUAAAGAGACCUAUGUGUGGUACAAAAAAUUUAUGAUGGAAUAUCCAUCUGGCCUGCAAACACUGCAUGAAUUUAAGACACUCUUGGGUCUGCAAGGUCUGAAUCAAAAGGCCAGUCAACAUGUGGAUCAAGUCUAUAAUACCUUUGACAUGAAUAAGGAUGGAUUUAUUGACUUUUUAGAGUUUAUUGCUGCUGUUAAUCUAGUUGUACAAGGAAAAAUGGAGCAAAAAUUAAAGUGGUAUUUUAAGCUGUAUGAUGCUGAUGGAAAUGGUUCUAUUGACAAAAAAGAACUACUAAACAUGUUCAUGACUGUACAAGCCCUCAAUAGCCAGCAAACACUGAGUCCUGAAGAAUUCACCAACCUGGUGUUUCAUAAGGUUGAUAUAAACCAUGAUGGGGAAUUAACUUUAGAAGAAUUUAUCAAUGGCAUAGAAAAAGAUCAGGAUCUUCUGGAGAUUGUUUCCAAGAGCUUCGACUUUUCCAAUGUCCUGAAAGUUAUCUGUAAUGGGAAGCAGCCCGACACAGAGGGAAGCUUCCUUCAAACCAUCUGA